AUGGAGACCGAAGUUAGUCACGAGAGCAAGGAUGUCUCGUACGAAGACGAAGACGUGCACAUAGAGAAAUAUGGCACCGACAUGAAUUACAAGCAUAGGUAUUUGUGGAUGCGCGUGGUUGUGCACGCUACUCUUCAAAUAGGAUGGCUGAUCGGUAUUUACACUGCAUUUUUCCACGCUAAAGCGAUCACCAUCGCAUGGGGAGUCUUCGUUGGUUUCCUGGCUAUCCAAGGGAUAGGACUUGGCGCGCAUCGUGGAUCGACCCACAAGAGCUUCAAAGCGACGCCUCCUCUCAGAGUCGCUCUCAUCAUCUUCCAAACCAUGGCUGGCCAGAACAGCAUGUUCACGUGGACAAGGGACCAUCUUCUUCACCACAAAUACAGCGACACCGACGCGGAUCCCCACAAUUCCAACAGAGGAUUCUUCUUCAGCCACAUGGGGUGGUUGAUGAUGAAGAAACACCCGUUGGUGUUGAAGAAACAACGCGAGAUCGACGUUUCCGACUUGCGCGCUGACAAACUCGUCAUGUUCCAGUACAGGCAUUUCCUGCCGCUCUAUUUCCUCGUGGGCGUGUUGUUCCCAGUCGCAGUGCCAAUGUACUUCUGGAACGAGACCUUCUGGUGUUCCUUCUUCGUGCCGUACUUCCUCCAAUACGUCACCAACCUCCACAUCACCUGGUCGAUCAACUCCUUCGCGCAUCUUUGGGGCUCCAAGCCGUAUGACAAGCGAAUCAAACCGUCAGAGUCGUGGGUAGCCUCGUUUUUGACGUUGGGCGACGGCUGGCACAAUUUCCAUCACGCCUUUCCGUGGGACUAUCGAAUGGCUGAGAAGUUCAGUAUUUCCGCCAAGACCCUCGAACUCCUCGCGUAUCUCGGAUUGGCCUACGAUCUGAAGAUGGCAUCGCCAGCCGUCGUUCAGGGGCACAUAAUGAGGCAUGGGAAGAAAACCGACGAGCAGAUGCUUGUCAAGGAAGUCAUCAAGUCCAAACGCGAGCGAAAGGACGCCAACGACGCUGCGCGCGCUAUGUAAACCGAACAAACAUAAUUUUUAAAGCUUCAGCUCGCUGUCGUACAUUGCUGCUCCAACGCGGCCUUUUUUAAAUUAUUAUUUUUUUUUUUUUUAACUUAACUCCUGGGCUACUUGGAAGAGCUUGCAACUUGGAAAAGAAUCUUCUACAUUAGUAUAUAAUAAAGUAGGCUGGCAUGAACCUGUGCAUGUUUUUUUCUGUUUCUAUGUAAUCUUGAUGUAACGAAAACGUA